UAUUACUAAAGCAUUUUUUAGUUUUUCUGGUGGUCUGUGAUUGGGCCGGUUUUGCUCCAGAUAUCAGUGUGAGUGUUAAUGCAAUAACAUGCAUAGAGAGGUCAAAGGUCAGAGAUUAAAGCUCACGCUCAUUAGUGCGACAUUCACGUUUAUAUAAGAGUAAAGUCACACUUCUGAAGGAUUGCGAGCAUGGACAGACACACAUGUGAUGUUUAUGUAAGUGUCAUCAUGGGGAAUUAACAUGUGUCUGCUGCAGGAGUCAGCUUGUGAAACUCCAGCCGUGAUGGGUCGGAAGGAGAUCAACUGCAGCUGGAAGAAAAUCACCAACAACAUCAAGGACAUUUUCGACUUCAAGGAAGUUCUGGGGUCGGGCUCGUUUUCCGAGGUCUACCUGGUGAGAGAGAGAAAGACCGGGAAUUUCUACGCCCUGAAAUGUGUGAAGAAAAAACAGCUGCACCACUCGAACCUCGAGAACGAGAUCAAAGUGCUGAAGAGGAUAAAGCAUGAUAAUGUGGUGGGACUGGAGGAUUUCUACGAAACGAGAACACACUAUUACCUGGUCAUGGAGCUGGUGUCGGGCGGAGAGCUCUUCGACCGUAUUCUGGAUCGAGGUGUUUACACGGAGAAAGACGCCAGCCGUGUGAUCAAACAGGUCCUGGAGGCCGUGUCCUACCUGCAUCAGAACAGCAUCGUCCACAGAGACCUGAAGCCUGAGAACCUGCUGUACUACAGUUCGGAAGAGAACGCCAAGAUCAUGAUCAGCGACUUCGGUCUGUCCAAGAUGGCUGAUCACGGCGUGAUGUCCACAGCCUGCGGAACACCAGGAUAUGUUGCUCCGGAGGUUCUGGCUCAGAAACCGUACAGUAAAGCUGUGGACUGCUGGUCUAUCGGCGUCAUAACCUACAUCUUGUUGAGCGGCUACCCGCCGUUUUAUGAGGAGAACGAAACGCGCCUGUUCUCCAAAAUCAUGAAGGCAGAAUACGCCUUCCACUCGCCGUACUGGGACGAAAUCUCUGAGUCAGCGAAGGACUUCAUCAGGCACAUGCUGGAGAAAAACCCUAAUAAACGCUUCACCACUGAACAAGCGCUCAGUCAUGCGUGGAUCAUUGGAGACACGGCGCACAAUGACAACAUCAUUCAGUCCGUCGGUGAGCAGAUGCAGAAAACCUUUGCCAAAUCCAAGUGGAAGCGAGUCAUUAAUGCGACGGUGGUGGUCAGUCGCAUGCGGCGGCUGCAGCUGUCCCACGCUGACCCUCCGGCCCCGGCCCCGGCCCCGGCCCCGGCCCCGCUGAUCCAGGUGCUGGACGUCUCGUCCCCCGGCCCGCCCCCGGAUAAGCUGGACACCAAUGGGAACCCUUCGUGCAGUCACAUGACCCUGUCGCCUCAAGCUGAUGUCAGCAGGGGCCGGGGCCCACUAAAGGCCUGCAACAGUGAGCCGAUGCACGCGCUGGUCAUCUGUGAGACGGGGCAACAUGUGUACUGCUCCGAGUCCGACCUGCCCUGCGCCGCCAACAGAUCAGACAGAGUGACACGUUGCACAGAUGAGCGGGGCCAGUCGCUGCAGACCGGGGUUUGCUCUGUGAUGUGAUGGGAUGAUUGACAGCUGUCAGUCAAAUGAAAUCCUGCACUCGUAGGAUGAUCAAGUGUGUUUUUCACGGGAUCGGUCGCGCGUCGGAUCCACACGAGUGCCAAUCGCACACAUGUCUGCGGCUCAAAUCUUCAUCUCUCACUAGCGAAAGUGUCAUUUCUGUCAUUUCAAGCAGAUUGAGAAUGUCAUUUCUCUCAGGAAUUCAGGACACGGCUGUAUUAUUUUCCGUAUAUUCAUGUACGAUAGUCGUAUUUGGGCCGAUGCCGGUGCAUCAUGGGAAGGGCAGAUCACGUGUGCCACUGUUCUACUGUGAGUGGCGGCAGGUUUGAGUGUUUUUAAUCUAAGAAAUGUGUUUAAAUCUUAUUUUCGUAUUUCAAACUCAUGCUCGCUGUUGUAUUCGCUAUAUUUAUGUCUUAUAAAUGCAUAUAAGAUGAUUUUAUGUGUUGUUUAGGGGCUUAUUAAGUCGGUAUCAGCACAGAGCCCUGCUGUACUCCAUAAACACGCUGCUGUAUGUCUGUAUUAAAAUACAUAAAAUAAAGUUAUUUAUACACCAGUGUAAUAUCCUGGAGAAUUCAUGUGUGUUUUAAUGCCAUGUUCAUGUAAUUUUACCUUCAAAAGUUGGGGAUUGCAUGCUAGUAUACUACUCAUACUAUGUCAUCUCCAGUAUGCUGAAGUUUUUGUACACAAAAUACCCAAAUACCUACAAAAUUGCUCUAAAAGUGCAGUAUACAAGAGCACACUC